AACCUCACGCGCGACGCCUGCUACACCCGGGACGGCCGUGCGGAGGACGGGGCCCAGGUGGCCUACAUUGAGUACGAUGUCAACUCGGACUGUGCACAGCUGCCCAUGGACACGCUGGAUGCCUAUCCCUGUGGCUCAGACCACACGCCCAGCCCCAUGGCCAGUCGUGUCCCCCUGGAAGCCACGCCCGUUCUGGAGUGGCCAGGGGUUCAGCUAACAGCUGUGGCAGUGACCAUGGAGGAUGGACACACUAUUGCUUUCCUGGGUGACAGUCAAGGGCAGCUGCACAGGGUGUACCUGGGCCCAGGAAGUGAUGGGCACCCGUACUCCACACAGAGCAUCCAGCCGGGGUCUGCGGUGAGCAGAGACCUCACCUUUGAUGGGGCCUUCGAGCACCUGUAUGUCAUGACCCAGAGCACCCUUCUCAGGGUUCCCGUGGCCGCCUGUGCUCAGCACCUGGACUGUGCCUCUUGUCUGGCUCACAGGGACCCGUACUGUGGGUGGUGUGUGCUCCUGGGCAGGCCCUGGCUGGUUUGGUUCAGUGGAGGCCUGGCCAGGGCACACCCAGCCCAGUGUCCUGGCUCAGCUGAGGAGACUGCCCAGGUGUCCCCAGGGCUGAAGGUGUCCCUGCCUGUGAACUUCCCGCGCUUCGGGCCGGAGCCGGGCUGUCUGCAGGUGGCAGCCAUGCGUCCCGCCAACAUCAGCCGAGAGGAGAGGAGGGAGGUUUUCCUGACGGUGCCUGACCUGCCACCCCUGUGGCCGGGGGAGUCAUAUUCCUGCCACUUUGGGGAAUACCAGAGCCCUGCCCUGCCGACCGCGUCUGGUGUGAGGUGCCUCUCCCCAGACCCGAGCGGGGCCCCCGUGCUGCCGAGAGGAGCCGACCACGUGUCCGUGAGCGUGGAGCUCCGGCUGGGCGCGGUCGUGAUCGCCAAGGCCCCCCUCUCCUUCUAUGACUGCGUGGCCAUCACUGACCUCCACCCAUCUGCGCCGCUUGCUCGGUUCCUACAGGAAGAGGGGAGCUGGGGGGCCAGCGCCUGCCCCUGCGUGGAGAGCGUCCAGGGCUCCACGCUGUUGCCGGUCCACGUGGAGCGAAAAGUUCGGCUGCUGGGCAGGAACCUGCGCCUCCUCCAGGACGGCCCCGGAGACAGUGAGUGUGUGAUGGAGCUGGAGGGCCGAGAGGUGGCCGUGGCGGCCGAGGUGGAGUGCGAGCUGCCUCCGGAUACGCGGUGCCAUGUCACGUGCCAGCAGCACCAGGUGCAGACCUCAGUGCCUGGGUGGGCAGAGGUGCCCUGGCUGCCAGCCUCAGCUGGCGCACACACCAGCCCAGCCCCCGCUCUGCCCUGUGACCCCAGGGAGUCUUGGGACCCCCUCUCUGACACCCCAUUCUGUGUCUCAGGGGCCCCUGGAUCCCAGCUCUGUCUCUGGUCCUGUGUCCCGAGGGGUCUUGGUAGCUCUGACCUCCCGCUGGCUCCUCCCAGCCCCCUGGUUUCCUGGGCUCCGGGCCCCAGGGCCUUGUGUCUGCCUUGGGCUCCCCGCCUCCCUGUCUCCGCCCUGACGGCCUGUCGGUCCGUCCCCUUCCCACAGGACCCUAAGGUGCAUUCCCUCUUCCCGUCCCGGGGCCCCAGAGCAGGGGGCACCCGCCUCACCCUGCGCGGCGCCAAGCUCCUGACUGGGAGGCCGGAGGACAUCCGGGUGAUGGUUGGAGACCAGCCUUGUCACCUCCUCGUGUGUGUGACCGAGGCCAGCGGGGAGGAAGUGACGGGCGCCGUGACCGUGGAGGUUCCAGGAAGAGGACGAGGUGUCUCGGAGCACGACUUUGCCUACCAGGUGCGGAUGGGGAACCUGCGCUUCUCCCUGGGCCCCGUGCAGUACGACGGCGAGAGCCCCGCGGCUUUCCCCCUGGCGGCCCAGGUGGGCCUGGGGGUGGGCACCUCUCUCCUGGCUCUGGGGGUCAGCAUCAUCGUCCUCAUGUACAGGUGGGUGCCGCCGGGCUGGCUGCGUCGGGCAGGGGCGAACUCACCGCCCGCCCCUCCCCAGGACGCGGUGGGGGAGCCUCUGUACAUGCUCUUCCGGGGGAUCAAGCAUCAGGUCGACAAGGGGCCAGUGGACAGCGUGACUGGCAAAGCCAAGUACACCCUGAACGACAACCGCCUCCUCCGAGAGGACGUGGAGUACCGGCCCCUGACCUUGAACGCGCUGCUGGCGGUGGGGCCUGGGGCGGGAGAGACCCAGGGCGUGCCUGUGAAGGUGCUGGACUGCGACACCAUCUCCCAGGCCAAGGAGAAGAUGCUGGACCAGCUCUGCAAAGGCCUGCCGCUCGCCCAGAGGCCGGACUCCCGCACCCUGGAUGUCGAGUGGCGGUCCGGGGUGGCCGGGCACCUCAUCCUUUCUGACGAGGAUGUGACUUCCGAGGUCCAGGGUCUGUGGAGGCGCCUGAACACCCUGCAGCAUUACAAGGUCCCGGACGGAGCGACCGUGGCCCUGGUCCCCUGCCUCACCAAGCACGCCCUUCGGGAGAACCAGGACUACGUCCCUGGAGAGAGGACCCCCAUGCUGGAGGACGUGGAUGAGGGGGGCGUCCGGCCCUGGCACCUGGUCAAGCCCAGCUCUCUGGGAGGUGGUGGUGCCUCAUUCUUGAAGGAUGAGCAAGAACAAGACAAGCAGCUGAUUCAUGGGACCUUGAACGCGCUGCUGGCGGUGGGGCCUGGGGCGGGAGAGACCCAGGGCGUGCCUGUGAAGGUGCUGGACUGCGACACCAUCUCCCAGGCCAAGGAGAAGAUGCUGGACCAGCUCUGCAAAGGCCUGCCGCUCGCCCAGAGGCCGGACUCCCGCACCCUGGAUGUCGAGUGGCGGUCCGGGGUGGCCGGGCACCUCAUCCUUUCUGACGAGGAUGUGACUUCCGAGGUCCAGGGUCUGUGGAGGCGCCUGAACACCCUGCAGCAUUACAAGGCAGCUGCUGUCCCCACCAUUUCCGGCAGGUACUACGCUGACAUCCGACAGACCGUCCCCGCCAGCGACCAGGAGAUGAACUCCCUGCUGGCCGAGCUGUCCCGGAACUACUCUGGGGACCUCGGGGCACGCGUGGCCUUGCACGAGCUCUACAAGUACAUCAACAAAUACUACGACCAGAUCAUCACGGCCCUGGAGGAGGACAGCACAGCCCAGAAGAUGCAGCUGGGCUACCGCCUGCAGCAGGUGGCCGCCGCCGUGGAGAACAAGGUCACGGACCUGUAGGGCCGGCCUACUGCGCGCUCCGGGCGGCCCUGGGGCCUCGAGGGG